AUGGCCGCCCUGGAGAGCCCCAACCUGACCUACCCCGAGUCCCCCAUGGAUCAGGAAGAUGUCGUCUACCCCUGCAAAGGCUGCGGAGAAAUAUUGGAGGAGGGCAAGGCGUUUGAACUGGCUGGCAACCGAUGGCACAUCGACUGCUUCCGAUGCAACACCUGCGGCACCCUCCUCGACUCCGACGCGAACCUCCUCCUCCUCGGCGACGGCUCGCUUAUAUGUAACAACUGCACGUACAGCUGCAGCGCAUGCGGCAACAAGAUUGAAGACCUCGCCAUCCUCACCGGCGACCAGGCAUUUUGCUCGGGAUGUUUUCGAUGUCGCAAUUGCAAGAGAAAGAUUGAGAACUUGCGAUAUGCUCGCACGUCCCAGGGGAUAUUCUGUAUGAGUUGUCACGAGAGUCUUAUGGCUAGGAGACGUAAGAAAGCUCGAACACCCAAACCGACCCCUGGCAGUACAGCGGAAAAGGCGCUGCCGUCUCUGCCACCUGGUGCUGUCUCAUCGAGCGCAUUCACGCCCGAGGACGAGACGCCGCCAGAGACGACGUAUGCGGCAGUACAAACCGCUCCAGGGCAACGCAGAUCGCCAAGAGACAGACAGCUGGAUUCGCGCAACGGCGGCACCUCCAACAAGUACAAUCGCGACGUGUCGCCCUUGUCAGACGAUCCGCGCAGAGAUGGUCCCACGCUGCCCGCGAGCACCUACAACGAUGGACGGCCCUCGAACGUAUCGAGCAGCAACGAUGAUGACGACGGGUCCGAACGUGGAUUCCUCCCAAUGGCCUUCGAUCCGACUCCGGUUAAUGCCCCUCCGCCGUCGAGUCAACCGCCCGCGAUUCCGAGGAAGCAGGUAGGACGUGGCAGCGAGCUUUCUCCACCGACGUAUAAAGAGAAUCAGGGGCCCAGAGACUACUUUGGGAUACAGAAUGGAAGACUGUCAGCGAAACCACCGCCGAGAGAUCCGUCUCGAGAAGAGCAGCGACCGGGUACUGCGUCGUCAAGGUCUGUGUCUACCGAGCGUGAACAGGCGCCGAACCAGACGAAACCGAGUCCGCACAUCCUGUACCAAGAAAAGGGCAGAAACAGCAGUAAGAGGAAUACUUCGGGCCCAACAACACCUGCGAACGGUUCCACGACAGCUUCACCGGUGACUGCCAACGCACAGGAUAGAGGAGCAGCGAAGCUGAAAGCUCCACCGCUUGCGACGGAUUCUCACACCCUCAAUCAGCAAGACGGGUUCAAGCUGCAGGAUGUGCCAAGAUCUGCGAAAGAACGAUCCCGAGCCGGGUCGAGAGCGGGCCAGAACUCGCCCAUGGUCGUUUCGCCUGUAGAUGGCAACAGGACGGGGGCCAGCUCGGGACAGCCUAUAUCGCCUGUCUCUGUGGACUCGCAAAACUCGGGUGUGAAUCCGUUUGACGAUCCAAAGCGUAAGAAGGGUGCGCAUGCGAAUGAGACGCCUGUCCCUCCCAGCAAACACGCAGACCGAGGGUUGCCAUUACGAGGGGACUCUCUUGGUGCAAAGACGAAGCCUGAGCCGGAUCCUGCAACACCAACUGUGAACUCGACUUCGAACAAGUCUCAGACACAACCGUCUGCCCACGAGCGCAACCAGUCUUCAUCUUCGGUGCCCUCGAACUUCACCGACGCGCAGAGUACUCUAUCUCGCGACAACAGCCGGUCGAAGCCUGAGCCGACAGAUUCGCGAAAUAGCUUCGAAGCAGGACCACCGCCUCGUGCAGCAACACGACCGAGCGCUCCCAGCAAGUCUGUCGCAAACGACGACUUCAUCGCGCCUCGCCAUGCGCCUCCACCACCCCCUGGCCACAAGCAUAAUGAAUCCAUCAGCACAAUGCAGAGUAGCGAUGACCGUCCUUCGAUUGAUGGACAACUAUCGCCGGGUCUGCGAAGUGCUGGUCUUCCAAAGUACAGUCUCGAUGGCGGAUUUUCUAUGGAGGAUGAGAUGGGCCGCAUCUUACGUGGGGAGUCCGGUCAGGCCACUCAGACCAGAGAAGGAGGUGCAGCUUCGCCGUCAGUCUUGCGCAGAGUGUCCAAUGCCGUGAAACACGGCCGCAGCUUCAGCGAUCGAGCUGCCACGGGCGGAAAGUCGCCAAGGAAUGGUUCUAUUGAGAUCUCGCCGCCUUCACAGACACCGAACAUCACUUCACCGACGAGUGCUGACGGUCUUGAGUCUUUGCGAGCUUCACUCCGGCGCGCACAGACACAUAUCGCUGAGCUCGAGUCUGAGAAGUUGGUUCUUCAGGACAAGCUCGAUGGUUCUACCGAGAUGAAGGCGGUCAACACUGAGCUGCGCGAGAAGCGUUCUACCAUGGCUUUCCUCGAUACCCAGCGCGAGAUGAUCGUCCGCGAGCUGGAAGUCAUGACUGACCACCUGGGCAAGGCCAAGGAUAACAACCAACCGCUUGACCUGGCGUCUCUCAAAACUACCAUUCUCAAAGACUUUGCCGAAUCACUUCAGAAGCUCAAAGAUCAGAUGGGCUCGCAGAUCGAAGACCUCAUGCACAAGCGAAACGAGCUCACUGACGAGAUUGGCAAUCUCAUUCAGAUGAAAGAUAAAGGUUUCCAGGAGUAUGAGUCUUUAUCGACAAAGAACACACAACUGCUCCAGCACAACAAUGAACUUAUUCGCAGCAUCCAGGGCAUGUAUCAGGAUAACCGACAACAAACAAACGGAGCGAAUGGUCUUGGAAUCUUCCAUCCAGGCGCCAAAGUUGAUACUGCUGGUGAAGUGCGCAACUUGAACAUUGUCAACACGGAUCCAUCGAUGCCAAAUCUACUGCAAGACCCAGACGCCGAGCCUGCGACUGUUUUGACUGCUCCGCAAGUGGUGAAUAUUCGCAAGGGUGGAAAGCCCAACAAGUUCAAUUGGCGCAACCGCGGCGAGAAGAUCACAGGCAAAGUCACCAAGGGGCUCAAGGGUGCGUUUGUUGGGGAGCGAGAGCAGCCGGCGCAAGGCAAAUACGCUAUUGGCCAUCCAUACAACCAGACUUCUUCCCAGGCUACUGCUGGCAGUGAGCAGAGCAGCAUCGCAAGCAAAGGCAUGGAUGAUGGUAAGGGCACCGGAUAUGGAUUCUUUAGUCAGAAGAAUGGUGGAGUCAAGCAGGGCACAGGUCUUGGCCAUCUCAAGGAUAACAGCAGCACAAACCUCGUGGCGACGGACGGAUCUGUGCUAUUCGGCUCUGAGCUAUCCGCUCGUUGCGAGUACGAGAACCGACUCAUUCCCGGCAUCGUCGCGAGAUGCAUACAGGAAGUCGAGAGCCGCGGCAUGGACGUGGAAGGUAUCUACCGAAAGUCAGGCGGUGCUGGACAAGUAAAGUCCGUGCAGCAAGGCUUCGAAAAGGACAACAACUUCGACAUCUCCGACCAGGACCUGGACAUCCACGCCGUUACGAGCGCGCUGAAGCAAUACUUCCGCAAACUCCCCACCCCUCUCAUCGUCUACGACGCCUACGAAUCGCUCCUCGAAGCGGGCGCCAUCUCGGAAAAGGAGAAGCAAGCCCACGCCCUGCGCCAAGCCAUCAACGAACUCCCCGAAGCGCACCGCGACUGUCUCGAAUUCCUCAUCCGGCAUCUCGCCAAGGUUAUGAGCUACGAAUCGAAGAAUCUGAUGACGGCGCUGAACCUCGCGGUCGUGUUUGCGCCGACUAUCAUGCGGCCGCUGUCGAUCGAGCGCGAGAUGAGCGAUAUGCAGGUGCAGAGGGGCGCGGUGCAGGCGCUGCUGGAGCAUCAUAAGGUUGUCUUUGGUGGGGACGAGUAG